GACACUUUGUGUACCUAAAGUGACGAUGACAAAUAUGAUACCUACACCUGGAAUGGGUACUGUGUACCCUGGGAACGAAGAUGAGUGGAAAACGGAGGCAUUCAGGUCAAAAGUGGUCGCACAAAUUGAUGAUGAAGUGCAUAAGACGGGUAAUCCUACAGCCAAGUCCAGCAGGGAGAUGGAGAAUCAUGUGUUCCAAAAAGCCAAAAACAGGGAGGAGUACCUGGCACUUGUUGCUCGCUUGAUGAUUCAUAUGAGAGAUAUCAAUUCCAGGAAGGAAGGUGCACAGGGAAAGAUGCAACACAUUGGAGGUGGGGGACAAGAUCCAAUGGCGGCACUGCAGGGGCUGUCGUCCAUAACCAUGCCCGGGUCACGACCUGGUCAGCAAGGGACGCCUCCCCCUGGCCAGCAGCAGAUGUCACAGAUGAUGGGGGCCAGACAGCAACAGGGCACAGCAGGUAGGAAGAAAACAGCCAGCCAGAUGAUGAUGCAGCAACGACAGAAGCAGAUUGCCAUGCAGCUGCAGAAACAGCUAUCCGGCUCGGCCAACUCACCUCAACCGCAGUCGGGGUUCAUUGCAAGUGGACCGCAGCAGGGGAUUAAUUCUCCACAGGUGGGCGGAGCCAACAUAGGUCAACAGAUGGGGUCCAUGCAGGCUGGACAGCAGGGCCAGAUGAUCCGUGGACAGCAACCAUUUAAGGCGCAAAUGCAGUCUCAGCAGAUGCAACAACAGCUGCAACAGAUGCAGGCAUCUGGUGGCACACAACACGUCAGGGGACAGCAAGGGUUCAAGGCAUUCCAGCAGCAGCAGCAGCAACUUCAGCAGCAACAGAUCCAACAGCAGCAACUGCAGCAGCAGCAACUCCAGCAGCAGCAAUUGCAGCAGCAACAGCUCCAGCAGCAGCAGAUUCAGCAGCAGCAGCAAAUGCAGCAGCAACGCCAACAGCAGAGCUCUCAACAGCAGCAGCGGCCACCGGCCUCCCCGUACGGUGGCUAUCCCUACAUGAUGUCCCCCCAGGCCCCUCCAAUGUCCCCAUUUGGCGGUGGCCAGCCUUUUGUGAUGUCCCCACAGGGGCCACCCUCGUCACCUUAUGGUGGCCAGCACUUCCUGAUGUCACCACAGUCUAUGACGCAGCAGCCAUCACCAGCCUCCCAGCCUCCCAGCCAGGGUUCUCAGCCUAUGCCAUCUCCCGCUAGUUAUCUCCAGCCGUCUCCGUCGCCACAGCAAGCAUCCCCCGCUGGCUCUCAGCGCGGUCCCCCCAGCGUCCCUUCGCCAAGUGGUCCCCUGAACACACCAGGUAACCCAGGCUCUGCGGGUCCAGGCUCCGUCGGUUCAGUUGGCCCCGUGCCAAGCCCUGGCAAAGCCCAAGCUGGUAGCCAAGGGUACGAUCAGCAGGCAUACGCUGAGAAGCGCAAGCAACUCUCCAAGUACAUCCAGCCGGUGAAGAAAUCCAGCAAGGAGGAGGAAUAUCGUAAAGAUGGGGGCCUUAAUAAGGCCAGCAGCCUGCCUGAUUCCAACAAAAUGACUUCACAGUCGACGGCUCCGACUGCCUCCACUGCUGUGUCCACACCCGCUGCGCCAGCCUCUACUCCCAGGAACAUCUGCACCCCGCUGUUUGAAGUCAUCAUGCAAAGCAUCAAGUUACCCACCUUGAAUCACUCCCUGCAGCGAACGUUUGGACCAGCAAUGACGGCAAUACAUGGCCCGCCUACCAACUAUCCGGCCGCCACUCCUCCAGCCAAACGUCAGAAGACGGAGAGCGACUCACAGACUUUUGCCGUGCCCAACAUUGUUCAAGGAGAGGUGGCGAGGCUGGCCUCCAAGUUCAAAGUCAGCCUAGAUGAAACGCAUCACCCGGGCGGGAAUGAUGUGCACCUCAUAUGCAGAUUAGAGGAUAAGAGGCUACCCAGUGUACCACCGAUAUCCAUCACAGUUCCCCACAGCUAUCCUGACGUCAGCCCACAGUGUGACACUAGCACUCACGAAUACAAUCAAACCCCGUUCCUCCUCUCAGUCCAGCGCACCCUCUCAUCUCAGCUGAAGCGGAUGCCGGACAAGUUCUCUCUCACGCAGAUGCUGGAUGUCUGGGAGAUGUGCAUACGCAAGUCUUGCCUCAGUACCAUCUCUGCUUAAACUCAUCAGUUAAUGGCGUAACGCAAGUCUUGCCUCGGUACCAUCUCUACAUAAACUCAUCAGUAAAUGGCAUAACUCAAGUCUUGCGUCAGUGCCCUCUCAUUAUCAGUAAAAGGAGCCCUCCAGUCUAUUCCCGCUUUGAUGUAUGGCAUGGCUAAGGGAAUGCCUUGUUCUCAUUCCAGAACAGGCAGCCGUUCCACUGGGAACAUGCCAGUCCUAUCAGAUCACUGCCUUGGAAUGGUCUCUGCUCAAAGUGGACUGUUCUCGCAGUGCAGGGGAAAAUUGUCCAAUGAAAUGAAUGCUCCUGAUCGUUGAGACACUGUCUUCAUACUGGCAGAUGAUUUAAGAACAUGUCGCUGGUUUGCUGAAAGUUUCUUGAUGGUGCUAUCACUAUUACUGUACUCGCAUCAAUCACUGGUCACUCACCAAGUUAGUUUGGAUAACUGGCCUCUUGAAUUUAUAACAUAACGCAAGGUAUCAUUUGACAGUUGGUUGUAACUUCUUUGAGAGAUGCAUUUCUCUUAACUAGGCUCUUUGCCCACAUUUCUUAGACUUUUAUAAGGGAUCAUCAAGCCUUGUUGGUAUUACUGUCAACAGAAAUCCUAUGGUCUUUUCUGUUUAUAAAAUCCUACACUAAGAUUUGUUGACUCAAUUCUCAUGCUGCGGCACUUUGGCCCCUGACAAUUUUCUGAAAAAAAGCUUACAAUAGAGCAUUUUAGUCAGGACACCUGAAUUCCCAAUCUGAAUUCAAGUCAUUGUUCGCCCAGUUACUCAUGACUGGUCUUGUGUCCGGUCUUCAGAUGAUCUCUAUCAGCCAUUUCUGGAGGGUUUCCGAGGGCCUGUUUAGUUCUCUUAGAUCCAGAUUGUGAUCCGAUAUUGAUUCACUGGCACCAGAACCUGCCUGAUGGAUAGCACGAACCAGCCUUGGGACUACUGAUCGGGAUCCAGUUAUGCAUGAAACAAACGGGCCUAGAAUUUGCCUACUCACUACUGAUGACUUCCCUGGACGGCAUUCACUGCAACUGGCGUUAGAAUUCCAAAAUGGCUCAGUGAAGUCAUUGUUAAUUGAUUCAGUGGGUAAUUUGAAGCCAAACUUGGAUGCAUUUCAAUUCUUAUGAAGUAUUCCAUUUGUUUGUAUCGCACAGCCUUUUUUUUUUUGAUAUUUAAUACUCUGAAAUGUACAUUAUAUACAGGCUGUAAAUAAAAUUCCUAUGUACUCAGCU